AUGGAGGAUAUGGAAGAGAUGGAGGAGAUGGAGGAGAUGGAGGACGAGGUUUUUAUAGGAAAGGCGCUGAGUAAGUGCCAAAAGCCAUAUAAAUGGGCCAUGUACGGCGAAUGGGAACCCCUAACAGAAUUCUACAAGAAUCAGCCAGAUGAAGUAGUUGGCCAACUGACAACGAACAACGACACUGUACUACAUGUCGUAGCUGUUGCCGGACUCAACGACUUGCUUCGGUUUUUGAUUGAUCUAAUAAAAGACCCUGCGAAGUUAUUGUAUGUGUUUAUAAUCGGGAACAACUAUGGCAAUACCAUUCUGCAUGAGGUGGCUGCGUCUGGAAAUCUGGAGGCAGCAAUGAUCUUGAUGAGCGAGGAGAACAAAGUCAAGGAGAAGUAUAGUAGCUAUAAAAGUAUGCUAACGAUUUCGAACAGCUUAGGAGAGACCCCACUCUACAGGGCUGCUGCUUUCGGUCGCACAAACAUGGUCAAAUAUUUGGAUUCCCAAGUGAAGCUGCAGCAGCAGCAGGAUAUGGAGCAGCAGCAGCAGCAGGAUAUAGAGCAGCAACAGCAGGAUAUAAAGAAGCAGCAGGAGGAGGCUAUGGAGUACCACUUCAACAGAACCCAUGAUAACAUAUCCAUUCUUCAGAUCGCCGUCAUUAGCCAACAUUUUGAGACUGCUCUUUGGUUACUAAAAGAGUACCCAAAUCUGGCGAAUAGAAAGGAAAGCAAUGGACUCACAAGUCUUCAAUUGCUAGCCCAAAUGCCAUAUGCCUUCGAAGCCAAAUUUCGCAAAAGCAUAUGGAAGAUGCUCAUUUAUAAAUGGAUUUACCCUUCUACUGAUGACUUGGAGAGCAGGAUCAAUCAGCCUUCCCAGUCUGGUUGUUCACAGAAUAUUACAAGAUGGCGACCAAUCCGUGAUAUGUUCGAUGAAAUCAAAAAUCAAAAAUGUCUAUCGACACUCACUCGUUUGCUGGUGGAGAAGGACUAUUCAUGGGCGGUAAAUAUAACAACCGAUAUCAACACAUUUACUCUGGUAUGUCCAAACAAAUCAGAUGAUCCUCCACCAAAAACCUCUGAAUCUACCCUUAAGCAUAACCCAUUGCUUAUAGCAACAUGCAAGGGAAUAUCAAAAAUUGUGAAAAAAAUGUUGGAUUCUCACCCUCAAGCGGUGGAAAUGUUGGAUCCUAUAACUCGACAAAACAUUUUGCACAUGGCCAUAAAGUAUCGCCGGCUGGCCAUCUUUAACAUACUAAAAAAGAGCAAAUCGAUAACGUCAAGGUUGGCUUACAGGAUUGAUAUUGACGGGAACACCAUAUUGCACCACGCUGCACAUGUGAGUUCUCACCCUGUAGACGCUCAACGCUCAAGUGGUCCUGCAUUUCAAUUGCAAGAAGAAUUACGUUGGAUGGCGCGUGUGGAAAGGAUAAUGCCACGUCAUUACGCCAUGCACCAGAACAAUCAGGGCCUGACAGCGCAGAAGCUCUUCGAGAAAGGGCAUGCAGAUCUUCUUAAUUCGGCAAAAACAUGGAUAAAAGAGACAGCUCAGUCGUGCUCGACCGUGGCAGCUUUGGUGGCUACCGUGGCCUAUGCAGCUGCCUUUACGGCUCCCGGGGGUACUGAUAACAACGGGGUUCCUGUUCUCAAGCAUUCUCCUUUCUUUGUCACAUUCGCCGUUUCGGACAUUAUCUCGCUCAUCUUCUCAUUGACUUCUUUGUGCACGUUUCUUUCUAUCCUGACGUCCCCGUUUGAGUACGAAAACUUUUACUGGUCUCUUCCCUUCAGGCUGCAUUUAGGAUUCGCCCUUCUCUUCUUCUCAUUGGCAGCCACCAUGGUCACCUUCACUGCAGCUGUUGUGCUCUUGAUUCAUCAUCAAAAGAUGUGGACAACGUCCCUCAUUUAUGUGGUUGCCCUUCUUCCUGUCUCUAUGUUCGGGCUCUCGCAGUUUCCUUUGUAUGACGGAUUUCGCCAAUGUGUGAAAUGCAUUUCAAAGAAAAUUGGGGAGACUAUAAUACAACUUCAACUUUCCUUUAAAAAGAAAAAGGAAGCUGAUAGAGAGAUACGGAUCUGGUAA